AUGCUCACGUGGUCCUCCCCCAACCGGUGCUGUGGCUUCGACCCCCUAGGUUUGAAUGUGGUGCCCCAGGCGGACCACCAGAAAAGUAGCAGGGAGGGGGACCUGGGGUGCCUGAGCCAGCUAUGGCACGUCCACCUGGUGGAAGCCGCCGUGGCCAGAGUGAGCUUGGUCAACUGGAUGGACCUCGCGCUGACGGCAGGCACCGCACCUGCCGUCCCCUUCCCCUCCCCGGGCCUCGCCUCACCGGCCUUCUGGAAGAAGGAGGCCUGGGGGAGCGGGGGCCGGGGGGAGGGAAGCGGCUGUCCUCCCGGCAGCAGCGAGGCAGGACGGAGGCAGGACGGUCAGCACAGGAGACAUCUUCUCGGGGGUAGCCGAGACGGGGAGGGCUGGCGGGCGCGGGCCCGCCAGGCAGAAAGGGCACUUGGAGAGAGGCAGAGGCUGCCAGCACGUGGGUUGCAUGCCAGCCCUGAGCCAGACAGGACGAGGCGGGGACAAGAGACGCAGGGGGUCCCCAGCCGCCACCACACCCACCGCAAUUCAGGUAGCAGCAGGCACAAGAGUGGCUCCGGCAGAGCCUCCUGAGGCCCGUGCCGGGGCGAGGGCCGGAGAGCGGGAAAAGAAGGGCAGUGCCCAGGUACAAGGCAGGACGUCACCAGGAGGGAGCAGUGGCCCCGGCGUUGGGGCUCCAGAGAUACCGCAGCAAGGAGGCUGCAGGGGCCCGGCCCGCGGGCACGCUGCCCCAGGAGGCACUGCGGCCCAGGGGCUGGCGCGGAGAGGGCGCACAGCGGGCUUGGCGACGCUGUAUGCCCUCACCGCCCAGCCCCCGGGACUGGCGCGGCAGACAGUUCAGCACCCAGGGGAGUCAAGGGCACGGGGCGAGGCCAGACCAGGCGCGGCGGGCGGGGCGGGGUGAGUGAGUCUCAGGAGGGAGGCUGGGCGCAGGCAGGGGCGCAGAGCGGCAGCGGCGCAACCACGGGGGCGCUGGCCUCCGGAGCCCGUGGCCACGGCGGGCCUUGCGGGCGUAGACGGAGCGGUGAUCGGCGCCCCGGUGCUUGGGCCGGAGACGAGGCCAGGUCUCCGGCCGGGUGGACACUCGCCAGCCCCUGAAGGCCGGACAGCAGGCGGGCAGGCGCGCUGAGGGACGUGACGUGGUCCGGUGUGACGGCGAGGACAGGCGGGCUGCCGUCGGGCCUUCCCGGACACCCGGCUGGCACGCGGAACGCUGCGACACAGCGGGUCUCUGUCCCUUCACUUUCCCGAAGGAGUCUUCACUCUGCUGCUCUCUGGACCCCAGAACCCUCCACACGAAAGAAAUGGUGCUACCCAGCUCAUGCCUGGGCCUUCCCAUCCGGGACGUCUGCACGUCUGUCCAGCUCUGCAGGGAGACAGACAGGCUGCACACGGAACCACUACUCCACCCGACUCAGGAACCGGCUCCGAGGGUUGAGCUGAAGGAACAGGACCCGCAGACACCACCCAAGAGCAGCAUCCGCGCCACCCCCAGCUUGGCAACUCCACCGCCGCGGCCACCCCCUGCCACGCGUGGGGACCGCGCCCGCCCGCCACGCCAUCCCGGGGCGGGACGGCCCCCCACCUCCCUCUUCUGUCCUUCUUCCUCCUUUCCUUGUCUUCUGCUUUCUGCCUUUUCUGUCUUUCCUCUGCUUGAGAGGCGCCAGGCACCCGCGGCUCCGUCCCCGUCCCUCCCAAGCUCGAUUUGCACUAAGUCACUUGCACUGGUUUGGAGCCGGCGGCGGCCUCGGGUCUCUCCGUGCGAGUGAGCGUGUGCGUGUGCGUGUGCGUGUGCGUGUGCGGCCCCCUUGGCCAGCAGCUCCGCGCCGGCGCCCGCCUGCCUGUCCACCUCUGUCUGGGGGCGCCCGGGCGCGGCCGUGUGCAUGAGGCCUCACCCUCCCUCGCCUGGUCUGGAAGCUCCCCGACAACGGAGCACUCGACGACACCCCACACCCCCACCUUGCCCGUGCCCUUCCCCCGCCGGGGCCUCACCAGAAGCCCCGGCCUCAUCAAUAAAUACAGUUACAGUCA